CUGCUGCUCCUGCUGCUGCUGCUGCUGCUGCUGCUGCUGCUGCUGCCAAGUCAGCAGCCAGUGACGGCAGUGACACGGCCGCUGCCCAGCCCUUGCGUGUGCGCAAGUCCGUCAAGUUUGCCCUCCCUGCAGCUGGCAGCACCAAGGGUGCUGACACCAGCACGACAAUGGGUGAGAAUAGUCCUGUGGCAGGCGAGGAGAGCGUGGGUACGAGGAGUGAUGAAGCUAGGGUGCGAGCAAUGGGGGGGCACUGAUGGUGAGAGGGGUAGGGUCGAGGAGGAAGGGAGGGAGGCAGUGGUAGAGGGGGAGAGGGAGAGUGGAGGAGCGGCAGAGAAGAAGGUGUGUGCACGGCCGCCACUCUCCCCCAAGCUCGCAGUCACGAGGGAAGGCGCAGAUGCGGGGCCAGGGCCAGGAGAAGCAGGAGACGCGGCACACACCAGUCAAGCAGACGGAGUUGGUGCUUCACCUGCCAUCGCGCCCCACAGCGCAACGCCCUCUGCCUCCCCCAAGACCGUUGAUCCCACUUCCCCAACUACCGUCUCCCCCAACACCCCAUCUCCGACCACCCCCCCACCCCCCCCACCACAUCUCCUGCCACGCCUGUUAUUGCGCCUGCUGCUGGUGGUGAGGACGCGGCAUGUGGCGCCUCCGCAUCGUUCAAAUGGAAGAAGGGCGAGAUGCUGGGCGAAGGCGCAUAUGGCAAGGUGUUCCUGGGGCUGAACGAGAUGACGGGCGAGUUGAUGGCGGUGAAGGAGAUCAAGCUCACCAGCGCGGGCGAUGAGAAGGCCAUGCUGAUCGCGGCGUUGGAGCGUGAGAUCGUGCUGUACAAGCAGAUGCGCCACAAGCACAUCGUGGGGUACAUCGACAUGGAGAAGGACGCCAAGGACGGCUCCAUCUACAUCUUCCUCGAAUUCGUCUCAGGCGGCUCCAUCCACAGCAUGUUGGAGAAGUUUGGGGCGUUCAGCGAGUCGCUGGUGCGCGUGUACACGCGGCAGCUGCUGCUGGGGCUGGAGUAUUUGCACGCGUGCCGCAUCGUGCACCGCGACAUAAAGGGCGGCAACGUCCUCGUCGACCGCGACGGCGUCGUCAAGCUCGCCGACUUCGGCGCCUCCAAGAGCUUCCACGAGGGCACGGUGGGCGAGGGGUGCAAGAGCAUCCGUGGGUCGGUGUUCUGGAUGGCGCCCGAGGUCAUCAAGGGCGAGGGCUACGGCAGGCGCGCCGACAUCUGGAGCGUUGGGUGCACCGUCAUCGAGAUGCUGACAGGGCGGCACCCGUGGCCGGGCAUGGACAACACGUGGAGCGCCAUCUUCCACAUCGCCAAGACCACCACGGGGCCACCCAUCCCCGAGGCCGCGUCGGAGGAGGCCAGGGACUUCCUCACCGCCUGCUUCCAGCUCGACCCCAACCAGCGCCCCUCCGCCUCCGAUCUCCUGACCCUCCCAUUUGUGCAGGUGCCUGACACGCCAAGAGACGCCCGCUUCGCUGCCUUCAUACCCUAGCACAUGCCUCUGGCCUCCUCGGCUCCUUGCCGCGUGUCACUGCUUGCUGCGCCAGCUGCAAGGCACCUACGCUGACCUGGCCACUCACCUGACUUCGUAUCUACAUGCCUCCCCUCCUUUCCGCUGAGGGCGGACUGCUGCCGUCACUAACACCUUAGAUCCAUUUGGCAGCAAAGAAGAUGUUGGGCAAACGAGCACCUUGUGGUUUAUUCAAUGUUAAUUGGCAUGCAUGCAUGGAGUCAUUGGCAUGCGUGCAUGGGUCAUGUUAAUCCGGCUGCUUCCCAUGCUAGGAGUUGCACUGCAUGAAAUAUGGUCGACCUUCCCUGAAUUGUGAUGUCUGCUUAGGGCGUACCGUAUCCACCCGGAUAUGCGCCCCCCCAGGGGAUGGGACCCUGAGUCCUUUAUUCAGCGCAUGGGGCUUAUGCACCUUAUUCGAUUAUUAGCCCCACCUACUCAAGGGUGUUUCGCCCUACAGACGGUUGAAGGGGAUGAAGGGGUUAGCGAGAGGUUCAUACCCUUCGGCGUGGUGAGGUUGACGCCAAUCUCGUCGAACCAGUCCUGGUAGUCCCCUCGCACGUGCGCCUUGUAGACGUCCAGCGGCUGGAGGAGGCUUGUGCAGCCGCUUGGGAUGGUGGCGGGAAUGAUUCCCUGCUCCCUCAGCUCAGCCAUCACGCGGUCAGUGAGAUGACCAGUAAAAGACCAGGAUUGCCGACUUCGCGCGCCGGCCGAACGAAGGCCUCGGGAAGGGCUUCACUUCUUCCCGUAGCCACACGAGGAGUCCAUCCUCGUCCAUCCAGCAGCAGCUGCAGUUCUCACAGUAUCAACCCCGAGCGCCACGUCCGUCACCGAAUCCGGUCGCUUCAACUCAGCAGAUCAGCUCCGACGAACCGCUCUACACAAGACGCAAGGAAUGUCAUCAGUUGUAUGGCUCGAAUGGACUUCUGCGUACCGACUCUCCACCACACAACGAUCUCGACGAACAACCUCCCGCUCCGACACAAACCCGGCUCCAACCGAACCCGACUUGCGUUGCAAUCGCUCACAACGACUGUCUGGCCACAACACAUGGUUUCUUGAUAGCUGCUGUGGCCAGCACAUGUGUUCUUCAACACGCUUCGUCCAGCAAGAGAAGAUGUUGAGCCGUGAAGUCGUCAUCACUGUCGCCAACAUCCAGAACAUGUGUACAAGGAAGGAGGGAGUUGUUCAGUUACAAUCAAGCGAGACGAACGUGAUAUUACAAAUGUCACGAGUACUCGUCGUCGACAACCUCGGUUACAACCUCUUAAGCGUUAGCCAGCUAAUGUCAAAGGGAAUUCAGCUGGAGUGCGACAGCUUCGACCGAGAGUUCCGACUCCACCACGGGAAGGGCGGCCUCUUCAUCAGCAGAGCCAUUCAGAAGCACGGAGUCUUCGUCUUGGACUUCGUUCUGGACCGAGGGACCGCCGACAGCGACGGCGUCGUCUCCUUCGCACCCUGGAGGCACCCGCCGGAUCUUGACCCCGGGUUCGACCGCAAUGGCUUCUGGUACCAUCUGAGAACUUCGCCGACCGCGACGUACCUGCUUUAUCUGCCCGGAAGCAGUUCUUCCUCGUCAGCCGUUCCCAUCACAUCAUUACCCCAGCGCACCAGAGUACACUCCACUCGAGAACAUCUACAGCGAUAUACUCUACAUCCCGCGAUAAGUCGGCCGGGCCGACCUCAACUACGUAAUCACCUUUGUCGAUGCCGCGACAAGAUACAAUUGGCAUCUUAACCU